CAUAACUACAGAAGUCAAUACGGAUGUUAGUCUAUUGUUAUACAUUGAGAAUCAGUGCUGCAAACCCUUAUCUUACGCACAAACUGUAUAUAAUAACACUGUAAGAUAACGAUACCAAAUCGUAUGAUAACCAAGAUACUGUAGAUCAUAGAUCUAUGAAACAUUCAUCCGUGUAGAUUAUAGUUAAAAAUUUUGAGAGUCGUCGUUUGAUUCGGUCGGACUGUGACAACGUUGGCAGACAAUGACGAUUGACUGCCAAAGGAAAUGACCACUUAAUUAACAGGAUGAAGAUCGACUAUCCAACAAGACACUCUUCAAAAAUGGAGUUCUAAAAUAUUCAAUAUGAGACAACAGGGAUGGAUGCGUAUUUUGGCUUUCAUUACAUUUUCAUGGGUUGCCUUUUUAUUAAUUACAAUUAAAUUUGUAAAACAACAAGAUAAUAUAGAUGGCGAUUCAUCUCAAAGAUUAGCUAGAGCACUUGAGGAACUUGAAAAAUUACAUAGAAGUAAUGCAGAACUUAAUGCACUAGUUUUGGACCUAAAUGAUAACCCAAAAGUUGAUCACAAAAAAGUUCUUCUAGCUUAUAUGAAAAAUUCCAAAGAAACUCAUUCAAAUGCUCCAUCAGAAGAAUAUGAACUUUUGCGUCGACGUAUAUAUGCUAAUAUAAAAGAACUUUCGUUUUAUAUAAACACUGAAUUAAAUUCUUUGGGAAAAGAAAUUAAUGGAGUAAAUACAGAGCAUUUAGAAAAAAUUAAAAAAAAUUUUGGUGAACAUUAUAGAGCUCUACUCAGUGAUGUGAAAAAUUUAUCUGAAGUUGAUGGGCAUGCACAGUGGAGGAAAAAAGAAUCAGAGAAUUUAAGUAAUUUAGUGCAAAAACGUUUGUAUUAUUUACAAAACCCAUCAGAUUGUUCUAAAGCAAAAAAAAUUGUUUGCGACCUAAAUAAAGGUUGUGGAUAUGGUUGUCAAAUACAUCACGUUGUUUAUUGUUUUAUUGUUGCUUAUGCAACAGAAAGAACAUUAGUACUAAAAUCAAAAGGCUGGAGGUAUUCUAGAGGUGGUUGGCAGGAUGUAUUCUUACCGUUAAGUAAUACAUGUACAUCACCCAAUGGAGAAACAGUAAGCCGAUGGCCUGGUAAUCGAAAAACUCAAGUUAUCACUCUACCCAUUAUUGAUUCAAUAAAUCCUAGGCCUUCUUUUCUUCCACUUGCUUUACCAGAAGACAUUGCACCAAGAUUAAAUAUUUUACAUGGAGAUCCUGUUGUAUGGUGGAUAGGUCAAUUUCUAAAAUAUAUGCUCAGGCCACAACCUAUUACCAGUCAAAUGUUAGAUGAUUAUUCCAAGAAAGUAGGAUUUAAAAAACCAAUUGUUGGAGUGCACAUUAGAAGAACCGAUAAAGUCGGUACAGAAGCUGCAUUCCAUAAAUUAGAUGAAUAUAUGGUUCAUGUAGAAGAAUUUUAUAAAUUUCAAGAACUUAAUAAUAAAAUUCAUAAAAAGCGUGUUUAUUUGGCUACUGAUGAACCCAAAUUAUUUUCUGAAGUUAAACAUAAAUAUCCUGAUUAUGAAAUAAUUGGAGAUGAAGAUAUUUCUAAAACUGCAUCAAUAAGUAAACGGUAUUCAGGUCAAUCAUUAAGUGGUAUAAUAACUGAUAUUCAUUUUUUAUCACUAAGUGAUUACUUAGUUUGUACUUUUUCAUCUCAGGUAUGCAGAGUUGCAUAUGAAAUAAAGAACACACUCCAAUCUGAUGCUUCUACUUUAUAUAAAUCUCUAGAUGACAUAUAUUAUUAUGGAGGUCAAAAACGUAGACUUCAUGUAGCAGUUUUAUCUCAUGUAGCUGAUGGGCCUCAAGAAAUGGAUCUUCAAGUUGGUGAUCAAAUUGCUGUAGCGGGCAAUCAUUGGGAUGGCUAUUCAAAAGGAACAAAUUUACGUACUAAAAAAAAUGCUUUAUAUCCCACAUUUAAAGUAAUUCCAAAAAUUGAGACUGCUAGUUUUGGCAAUUACCUUAGUGUUCCAUUUAAUGCUGAAAAUAUAAUUGACAAAAAUAGAUAACAUCAUACAUGAUUUAUAUGGCUCAAAUAAUGUAUUUUACUUUGUGUACUCACUAAACCCAAAGGUCUUAACUACUUCACAAAAUUGUAUGGCUGGAGAUUUUUUUCCUUGAAUGGACUAUAAAUAUUAUUUUCAUUGUUCAAUUACUUUAUUUUUAUUUUCUGUGAUAAUGUUUUCGAGUAAAUUCAGUUUUGACUCUCUAUUUUAUUUACUAGUCUUUUUUAUGAUAAUUCUUUUUAUAAAUAUUUACUUAAGACUAUUUAUUUUCUACUUAUUAAAUUAACGUUUUUUAUAGAUCUAUAUAAUUUUUGUAAAAUUAUUAGUUACAUUAUAAUUACCAAAUAUUGACAAAUUUUCUAUAACUAUCAUA